AUGCCCACCUUCUUCCAGUUCACCCAGGGCUCAGAAUCGCGCGUCCGCCCUACAGACUCGUCGCCUCUGCUCGGCCGCUAUCGAGCCGUGCCUCCUCGUCCGCGUCGACCCAGCAGUCCCCUGGGCCUUCUCUCCGCUCACCAUGAAAACGGGCGCGACAGCAUCCAUGUUGGAUACGGAGCGCUGAUUGUGGCCGAGAUCGAGGCAGGGCUCCUGGACGGUCGAGACGGUUCUGGUGCCGGUGACAUAACCGAGGAUGGGGAACCGAGAUCACGAUGGGAGAGGCUGUGGCAGAGCUACUUUAUCAAUCUGUUUGUGAACCCGAGGCCGUCGGCCGUGAAGCGCGUCGUGGACAGGUGGUGGACCCGGUAUGGGCUGCUUGUCCUCCUUCCUGCGGCGCUGGCCGUUGCGUGGUGUGCAGUGCCUUUCCCGCAGUACUCGAUCCCGGACGAGGGCGACGAUGGCGAUGCCGCGACGGGCCUCAAGAUUCCCGGUCACGGAGAGGCCCGCGUGCAGGUCAACUUUUGGUUCUUCCUCUUUGUCUACUAUGGCUUCUAUAAUCUCAGCGCGCUGAUUUGGAUUACAAAAGUCUUUAAUCUCUACAACUUGAACUGGUGGCCGCAGUCUUUUGGCUUUCCGGUGACAGUCUCUUUGCUCGCCAUCAUCUCUCUUGCUGUCCCCAUCCCCGUGUACUUUACGCCUUCCACCCGCUUCCUCACCGUUCACAACACGGCAUGGGUAUCAUGGACAUUCAUCGUCAUGGCCAUGCCCGUCGCCAUCUCCUUUCUCAUCCUCAUGACAAACGAGCGCCACAUCAAGCUACGGCAGUCGCUCUCCGAGACUCAGCGCAUAUUCACGACUUCGUGGUGGACGGGGGAGCCCGACUCGUUUCCUAACCGGCAGCGGCGGCGCCACGACCUUACCGACGAUCUCUGGGAGCAAGAUGUGUUGAGGGUUCUGCCUCCGUCCAGCACGUCUAGGGUGGCGCUGCGACGACGAUGGCUGCCGGCCAGCUUUGUGAGGUUCCUAUGGUUCUGCGUCGCGCUCUUCAUUGGGCUGAUGGCCUACGUCCUUGGAGAGGCGUAUGCCGAGAUUUACCUGCGCACGCUGCCUCACAACAGCUUCGAGACUGUUGUGUACGUGUAUGGAUGGGUGGUGACUGUGCAUCUGCUUGACGCCCUGACGGGCUGGGUGCUGGGCAUUAAAGAGGGCGAGCGCGUUGGGAGUUAUCCCCUGAGCUGGGUCUUUAAGCUCUACUUUAUGUUGACUUACCAGACCUACGUUCGAGCCCUAUACGCCCGCCUUCGCUCGCCGUCCCAGUUCGUCAUCCUUCAGAUUCUCUCCUCCACGGGACUGGUCAUCAUCACGCCCAUCAUGAUGACUCGCCUGUUCCACAGAAUCCUGACGAUACUCGGCCUUAGUGGGCUGACGUACGGCACCUACCAAAAGCUGCAGACGCGAAACCUCUUCAUCCGCUUCCUGGCCGAGAACACGUCCAUGGCCACCUUCCUGGGCAGCAUCCUGGUGCUCCACUUUGGCGCCAACAAGGACGUGUACCCGUACUUUGCCUUUGAUAAAGCCGAAGACGAGACGCUGCAGUACGACUUCAACCUGACCUUUUACGCCUCCAUGGUGACGUGGGGGUGCGAGCUGGUGGCGAGCCUCGUCGUGCGGGGGCUGAUUGCCCUCUUCUUUGGCAUCGACGUUGGGCUGGAGGGGAAGCUGGAUCUGGCCGUUUGGCCGGAGCUGCUGCCUACUAGCGUUGCCGUCAUGCUUCACGUUUUGCAGAAUAUGUUGUUUUCUAUUAUACGUUUGCAGUUUCGCACAUGA